CAGAAUAGAUGAGAGCAGAACAGAAUAGAUGAGAGCAGAACAGACAGCAGAACAGAAUGAGCUACAGUUUUAAUACACUGAAGGAAAGAGGAGGAGGAACACGAGAACACCUCUACUGCUGUAGCCACAGCUCCAGCUUCACAGCACCAGCUUCACAGCACCAGCUUCACAGCACCAGCUUCACAGCCUUUGUAUUGAGAAUCAGUGGUGCAGGACCAGAGAAGGAGCAGUGAGAGAUCUGUAUCAGCCAGCCAUUCAGGACCAGUGAGGGAGCGCGUUUAUAGCAGCACACAGCCAAGGGAAACGUCUGUGACAAACCUGAAAGGAAAGGAUACUCUUGACUGCUUUUUGGACUACGGUGGACUACAGUGUCUGAGCCCUGGUAGGACUCAGUGAAUCACAGUCCUGGCUGGUAGAUGGAUUCAGUGAUUCAGCUGGUAGAGUGAUUCAGUGAUUCAGCUGGUAGAUGGAUUCAGUGAUUCAGCUGGUAGAGUGAUUCAGUGAUUCAGCUGGUAGAUGGAUUCAGUGAUUCAGCUGGUAGAUGGAUUCAGUGAUUCAGCUGGUAGAUGGAUUCAGUGAUUCAGCUGGUAGAUGGAUUCAGUGAUUCAGCUGGUAGAUGGAUUCAGUGAUUCAGCUGGUAGAUGGAUUCAGUGAUUCAGCUGGUAGAGGGAUUCAGUGAUUCAGCUGGUAGAUGGAUUCAGUGAUUCAGCUGGUAGAGUGAUUCAGUGAUUCAGCUGGUAGAGUGAUUCAGUGAUUCAGCUGGUAGAGAGAUUCAGUGAUUCAGCUGGUAGAUGGAUUCAGUGAUUCAGCUGGUAGAGUGAUUCAGUGAUUCAGCUGGUAGAGUGAUUCAGUGAUUCAGCUGGUAGAGUGAUUCAGUGAUUCAGCUGGUAGAGAGAUUCAGUGAUUCAGCUGGUAGAUGGAUUCAGUGAUUCAGCUGGUAGAGUGAUUCAGUGAUUCAGCUGGUAGAGGGAUUCAGUGAUUCAGCUGGUGUGUCUGUAUGGAUGUGGUGAACUACAGCGUUGCCUAGCAGGAUCGUCGGAGUCAGACGUCGCCGGAGGAUUAACCUUCCAGACAUCAAGAAGAGAAAACAGGAAAGGGGAAUCGGUCUCACUCGGUCCCCUCAUCGUGACUACAACCCCUUUUUGAUCAACCUUUCGUAUUGACUGAAGAGGAAGAGACAGGAGAUAUGGAUUCCUACACAUCUAGCUAAUUCGUCUGAUGGUUUCAGUGUGAAGGGCUACAUAAACGGGACACUGAGACCUCUUGAUGGACAUUGCAACAAGGUCAAAGGAAGGAGACCAUCUCAGCUGCCCCAGGAGAGAAACACUCCAAACUCCAACUCCCAGGGUCCUUUGCUGCUGCAGGUGGUGGGAUGUAGAGGCUACCGGAGUAAUGGUGGCACCUUGGGGCCAGGGGGUACCCUGGGUAAUGUAGGCACCAUGGGGCUGGUGUCCAUCCCAGACUGUGUGGAUAACUGCACUCAGACUGACAUUAGCUUCCAGAAUAUUCUGACCGUGGGGAGGUCAACCCACCACCAAUCCCAUGGCGGCUCCUCACCCACGCAACCACCACCCUCUCCUCCACUGCCUCACCUCAUGGACCCUUGUCUACUGAAUGAGUUCUGUACCUACGAUCACGAGUACAACGAUCCCAACGACUACUUUGACAUAGCUCACCACGAAGUGGACCGACAAGAGGAACUGGAGUACGAGGAGGUGGAGCUGUAUAAGUCCAGUCAACAGGACAAGCUGGGGUUGACAGUGUGUUACUGUACAGAUGAUGAGGAGGACCUGGGAAUAUAUGUAGGAGAGGUCAAUCCCAACAGUAUAGCAGCAAAGAACGGACGUAUCCGUGAGGGAGACAGAAUUCUGCAGAUAAAUGGUAUUGACAUCCAGAACAGAGAAGAGGCGGUGGCCAUUUUGACCAGAGAGGACAGCAUCAACUUCUCACUGCUGCUGGCCAGACCCGACUUAGAGAACGAGCACCAGGUGGGCCCAGAGGAGGUGGAUAUGAAUGUUGAGGCCCUCCACACCUGCCACCUGCCCAGCCUCUACAGAGAGGGGCCACACACCCCCACCCACAUCCUUAGUCUGACUACUCUCAGUAACAGUCAGGAGCUGGACAGUGGCGUGGGUCGUACAGACGAAAGCACCCACAACGCUGAGUCCUCUGAACAUGACCUGCUGGGAGAGGACCAGGACCAGACGAGCGCCCCAAACACCAACACAACCAACACCCCAGGCAGCAUGAGGAAGUUCAGGCCUGGGAAUACACCCUCGUCCCCCUCGCCCCACCUCCAAGAGAUCCACCUCAGUAAUGACUCCCAGCCAAGGGUGGGGCUGUAUGGAGGAAAGGGACUGGGGGGGGGUUUGGGGACAGGGUUGGGGUUGGGGUUGGGGGGGUACGUACCCGACCCACUGAUGAUGAUGAUGAUGAUGCCGGGUCUUACUGAGGAAGAGUGCGAGAGGUACAGGGAGCUACUAGAGAUUAGGUGUCAAUUUGAAAGGAACAGGAAGCUUGCUGAGAGAAGCCAGGGAGGAAGAUCAGGGACUGAGGAGGAGGAGGAGGAGGAGGGUGAGAUGUGUGAGGGUGAAGGGGGGAGUGACCCAAAAGUCGAUGUAAACUGCAACGAGAGCAUGACACAACAUGAGAUGGCGUUGUUAGAGGAGGAACUACGUCAUCUAGAGUUUAAGUGCCGCAACAUCCUGAGAGUGCAGAAGAUGCAACAGCUGAGAGAACGAUGCAUGAAGGCGUGGCUUCUGGAGGAGGAUGUUGUUGGCCGUGGAGCCCUACCCACUGGUUCUGAACCCGAACCCGACCACGACACAGACCCAGAGCCCGCCAACAAGCUCCACCGCAAGCUAUCGGACAUCAAUGAGCUCCCUGAGCGGGAGAGAUCCGACCCAGACCUGGACAAAGACAGCACCAGUGCCUACAACACAGGGGGAGAGAGCUGCAGGACCACCCCUCUGGUCAGCACCGAGUUACUCCCUCUGUCCUUGUCCAUCCAGGAAGAGGAUAGAGGAGGGGACACACCCAACAAGGUCGGCUCUCGGCGGGGAUGGGAGAAAGGAGGACAUGGUAGUCUGAAUGGUUCCUUCUCUCCCAACAGCUACAGGAAGUACCAGAUCCAAAUGACCAACGCCAGCACAAGCCCCGUCCAUCCAAAAUUCUGGUCUCUGACCCGGGGGGAUAACGUUGUCGGGGGGGGGUUAUCAUCGCAGAGGGGGAUAGCUGAUGGCGGAACAACCACAACACCCCCACGGAAGUCCCCCAGAGCUAACCCCACACACCACGACAGGUCAGGGGGUCCAACCGCAGAGUCCAGCCCAUACUUCACCCGGCGUCGCCAAGGCAACAAGCCUCCGGCACCGAAACCCUACCAGAGAUGCAUGCAGCUGCCGUCGAGCUACCCGGAGGUCCGGAUGGACUCCCUGGACUCUGUAGACCGAGCCGUGGUCCCGGGGAUGGGUCUAGGCGAGAGAGGGGCUGCAGCGGCGUCGAGCGACCCGGAGGUCCGGAUGGACUCCCUGGACUCUGUAGACCGAGCCGUGGUCCCGGGGAUGGGUCUAGGCGAGAGAGGGGCUGCAGCAGUGGCAGCCACCGAGGCACAGGCCACACCCCUACACCUCCCUCUGCAGCCGGGGCCGGCUUCACCUCGCAUGGAGUGGAAGGUGAAGAUCCGUAGCGACGGGACGCGCUACGUUGCCAAGCGACCAGUGAGGGACCGCCUCCUUAAAGCCCGGGCCAUUAAGAUCAGAGAAGAGCGCAGCGGCAUGACGACGGACGACGACGCGGUCAGCGAGAUGAAGCAGGGACGUUAUUGGUCGAAGGAAGAGCGUAAACAACAGCUGCUGAGGGCCAGGGAGCACCGGCAGCGCCGUGAGUUCAUGAUGCAGAGCCGGCUGGACUACCUGAAGGGAGACAGAGACCUACAGGAGGGACCUGUGGACAGGAAGGCUACAGGAGGACCUCCAGGCCUGCAGGGGGAGACAGGUGGUAGUCCCAGUAUCCUGGCCCUCAGCCAGAAGAAGUUCAUGAAGAAGAGGAACAAGAGGAUCCUGGAUAACUGGGUCACCAUCCAGGAACUACUCGCUCAUGGAUCCAGGUCACCGGAUGGAAAGAAGGUGUAUAAUUCUCUUCUCUCUGUUACUACAGUGUGAUGGAGGGAUGGGAGGAGGAGAGGAGAGGAGAGGAGAGGAGAGGGUCUACAACCCCCAGCUCUGUUACUACGGUGUG